CAUGUUUCAGCUAGACUAUGGUUUGGCGAGGAGCGACCAUUGCUGAAAAUUGUUGCGCAUGGGAAGAAAAUGCAACAAUUUACUCCGCCGGUACUUCCGCGACCCAUAGAGAAUUGGGUGAAUUUGUCUGGUCUGAACCCAUUACAACGGGGUAGUUUGAAGAUGAUCGACAACAACUUGAUAUCUGCCUUUGUUGAAAGAUGGCAUUCUGAGACAUCGUCAUUUCACAUGCCAUUUGGUGAAAUGACGAUUACUUUGGAUGAUGUUGCCAAUCUUCUCGGAUUGCCUAUUAGGGGUGAGUUCUACAGUCCACCCGAUGUAGAUAGAGUAACAGCAUGUAAUCUUGCCGUCCAUCUAUUAGGAGUGACCACGGAAGAGAUCUGGGAGGAGACCAGAAAGACUAGAGGUGCACACUAUAGAUUGGAUUGGUUGAAGGAGGUGUUCAGAAGGCAGUGUGCAGCAGAGAGGUUUGACUGUGCUGCUAGGGCAUAUCUGUUGAAUUUAGUCGGGAGUACUAUUUUCGCUGAUAAGAGUCAUACUCUAGUUGAUGCGAAGUACCUCCCUUUAUUCAGAUAUUUAGAUGGUAUAGAUAGAUAUGCAUGGGGUACUGCUGCACUAGUGGUGCUUUAUGACUACCUCUCAGAUGCCUGCUAUUAUGACACCAAACAGCUAGGUGGAUACAUGACGUUGCUUCAGUGCUGGAUUUACGAAUAUUUUCCGAAUAUUUGUAAUAGAGGUGAUCAGGGUGCUGACGUGGAAUGUUUUGCCCGAAUGAAUAGAUGGUGCUAUAAGCAAGGCAAGCAUAAGGUCCACGAAUACAGAAGUAUUAUUGAUGCAUUGACACCUGCAGAUGUUAUAUGGAGACCAUGGGAGAAUCACAGGGGUGUCAUUCCUUUUGAUGAUAUCACACUUUAUACUGGUCACAUUCGAUUAUGCAGCACUGUAGUGAAAUAUCUACCAGAGAGGUGUUUGAGACAAUUCGGAUAUAUCCAGUAUAUUCCUUCACCGCCACUUCCAGAUCCUGCUAGAUUAUUUGAUGUAGAUGUGGAAUGGUUGGGAUAUGUGACGCCAGUGACAGAGCUAUUUCCCAAGCUUCGUCCAGCUACAUAUCCAUCUGAGUGUGAAGAUGGAUAUUUGGAGUGGUUCUAUCAGGUGUCUCAUCCACUGCUGGUGCGACCAGAUGGUGUACCUCAGGUCCCACGUUAUAGUGUACCGCCCACCAGUGCAGAUGCUUCUAGUUCACAGCCGCCACCUAUCCUACAGCAGAUCGGUGAUCUUAUACAGCAGGGGUUGAGUGAACAUCAAGCUAGUCCAGAUGAUGAGUUGUAUAGGCACUUUUAUAAAGCUUUGUAUUUAUCACGUAGUCGCACUAGUUAGUAGUAACACUUUUGUAACUGUUGUUAUGUAGGUUAUUUUAUGAACACUUUUGAUGAA